GGAGAGUAGAGAUGAUUAAUCGCUGUAGUGUGAAUUAUUCUUUCAUGCUCUGGCUCUGACUGAGGUCUGUAACCGAUUCAGGUGAUGGUGGUGAGAUGAACGUUAAGUACUAGUUAGGUGCUGGAGCUGCGCCCACAAAAUAUUUUUGGAUUCUAUGGCACCAACAGAUACUCCCCGGAUGCAAGGAAAUACGACGGCUGCUGCCGAGCAUCACGCCCAAAGCAUCUGUAAAUACCUUGAUAAACGAGGUUAUGGUGUCUGGGUCCGAAACAUUUUGCAGGCGAAUAUUCUCAACGAAAGGAAGUUUUGGUGAACCAUGAUCGAUUAGUUCCUCUUGUCCACUGCCAGACCAUACACGAGAAGACAAGCUCUACUCAUAGUGACGGAGGGUAGAGGCUCCACGUGCUUUUAACAUCGGGAGCAAGAAGUGGACAAUGCAUGACCCGGGGCUGGAAGAUGAAAAGAGCAGGAAAAGUUUGGGACUGACACCAACAACGCCCGAAUUGGAGGUUAUAUGGAAGCAGGAGAUAUUCAAUACCGAGUAUCUUGAGCGAUGGCUCGACCGCGGCGUACGAAAAUGGCCCAGAAUUGCGGAGGUUUGGAAGGAGGUAGGACAGUUUGGGUUCGUCAUCCACGACGUGGAGAUCAGGGCCACGGGCAAAGUCGGUGACGGAAUUUUCUGUCGUUCGAUCCCUCCGUGGGUGGUGCUUAAGUGCGAUUACGAAGCAUUGGAUCAUUGUCUUAAAGAAAAGAUCCUAGUACUUCACGUGAUUGACCGUGACGCGUCGCGUGCGUCGUUUGGACAUGUUGUUCUAAAUGUUGGGGGCGCUCUAAGCCUCGAACAAAAGCAGGACACCAUGAGCAAGUUGGUGCGCAACGAUAGCAUCGAGUCCAAUUCUGAAAAGCAGACUGUCUUGAAUCCGAGCCCGAGAGAACGAGCGCGCAUUCUGCGCAAAAUCGAUUGGCACCUAUUACCUUUCGUAACGGUAUUUUACCUCUUCUCGUACUUAGACCGGGCCAAUAUUGGAAAUGCGAAGGUUGCUGGCAUGGCCACAAACCUUCACUUGACCGGUUUCAGGUACAACAUUGCUGCAGCCGUCUUUUUUAUCCCGUACAGCUUUGCUGAGGUCCCAUCGAACAUCGCGCUCAAGUUGUUAAGGCCAUCGCGCUGGAUACCGUCUAUCAUGGUCGCGUGGGGUAUUGUAUCGACCCUUAUGUGUCUCAUCAGAUCAUAUCAAUCUCUCGUUGUAGCUCGAGUGUUCCUCGGUUUGACCGAAGCAGGAUUAUUUCCUGGAGUGAAUUACUACAUCUGCCUUUGGUAUCCGCGUUCUGAACGAUCCAAACGCAUUGCAAUAUUCUUCUCCUCAGCAUCAGUCGCAGGCGCCUUCGGUGGGCUCCUUGCGUAUGGUAUAGAGCGGAUGGAAGGAGUCGGAGGACUACAUGGCUGGCAAUGGAUUUUCUGCUUGGAAGGCAUUGCCACUGUUCUCGUCGCAAUUCCCUCUUUUUUCUUCAUGCAUGAUUAUCCUGAAACAGCCAAAUUUUUGACCGAGCCAGAGAGAUCAUACAUCAUAGAUGUGCUCAAACAGGAUUCGAAUCACCUUUCCUCUCGCUUCGACACUCAAUUCGUAUGGCAAGCCAUGAAAGAUUACAAGACUUACGUUCUCAGUCUCGUUCAUAUAGGGUUACUCGUCCCUGGUUAUGCCAUUUCCCUCUUUACGCCAACCAUCAUCAACGAGCUUAGCUACUCUGCUGCGAAUGCCCAGCUACUCUCAGUCCCGCCAUUUGUCGCUGGCUGUAUUGCAACAAUCAUAGUUGGCAUCUAUUCUGACAAGCACAAUCUUCGUGGCCCGUACAUUAUCGGCGGCGCGUUUGUUUCUCUUGUGGGAUACAUCUUGCUAUAUUGCAGCGUACGAGCGGGCCCGUCGUACUUGGGAGCUUGUCUAGCCGCUACGGGAUAUUAUCCAACCAUCCCGAUUAUUAUGGCUUGGACAGGCUCUAAUGCAGGAGGUCACUUAAAACGUGGAGUUGUACUAGCAAUGAUUGGUCUUAGUAAUCUCGGAGGUGUUUGCUCGUCUUUCAUUUAUAUUGAUCCACCACGUUUCCACAUCGGGCAUGGCACCGUCAUGGGAUUCCUUUCUCUUGCGAUCAUAAUGAGUCUCUUUGCUAUGUGGGACUAUAAUCGGCUGAACAGAAAGAAAGAAGCGCAGUGCCUGGCGGAAAACAUUGGCGACGAUAGAGGAUAUGAAUUCGAGGAUAUGGGCGAUGCCAGUCCGCUUUUUAGAUAUUUGCCAAUUCAAGCGCUCACACUACUCGGAUGCUCCGUGCGCGGUGCUAAGCGGUUGUCGUGUUUCUUUUCCGGAGAGCACCUAGUGGAUAGGAUACGAGAAUACUUCGCGAGCAUAGCUCCAGCACCGGAUGCUCACCAUCGUUUGAAUUGGUCACGGUUGCAGGAGUUAUAA